UGGGCGACCAAAGAUAGCAAAUUUCUUAACCACGAGGGCUAUGGCAUCGGCGAUGACGAGUACUCGAUUGCUUACGACGGGUGCAGACAAUUGAUUUGGUACAACGCCUCCAGUUUUCCUCAUCGCCACAAGUGUUGGAAACCCGGAGAUGUUUUGGGCUGUCUUUUAGAUCUUAAUAGCGAACACAUUAUAUUUUAUUUAAAUGGCAUUCCGUUAGAGCCGUGCAAACAUGUGUUUAAGAAUGCAAAGAGUGGAUUCUUUGCGGCGGCGAGUUUCAUGUCAUACCAACAAUGUCUGUUCAAUUUCGGCAGA